AGUAUGCUUACCAGCAAAAUUUCCGGUAGUUUUCUUCUCGAGAUUGAAAAUCAGUUCACAGUUCACACUCAACAACCUUAAAAACUGCUCAAAUUUAUCUCAUGCGCUCUGUAUUCUUCACUUCCUUCUUCAAGUUUCUCCUCUCAAAUUCUCAUACCCCAUUAGCUCUCUCUCUCUCUCCCUCUCUCCUAAAUGGAUUCCGGAGUUGAUAUCUUUUUCGCCUUAUUCUCGCUCAUCUCCGCGGCGGCGGCGGCGGCCCAGGGAGGCGGCGGAGGGGCGGCGAGGCAGCUGUGGUGCGUGGCCAAGAACAAUGCCGAGGACGCCGCGCUGCAAUCGGCGCUGGAUUGGACGUGCGGGCCGGGCGGGGCCGAUUGCGGGCCCAUCCAAAACGGCGGGCCCUGCUACGACGCCGCCGAUCUUCAGAAAACGGCGUCGUUCGCCUUCAAUGAUUACUUCCUCAAGCACGGCCCGUCGGAGGAGACCUGCAAUUUCGCCAACACUGCUGCUAUCACCGAUUUGAACCCUAGCCAUGGUAGCUGCAAAUUUCCAUCCAGCUUAACUGCGGGCAACGGUAACUUUAGUGGGGCGGCCGGUGUGGAUUCAGGUGGCGUGGAUCCGAGUAGCUCUAGUUCAAUCGCUCGCUUGAGAUCACUUGUGAAUUUUAUGUUGCUUGCAAUUCCACUUGUAGUAUGAUGAUUUGAGGCCACAUUUUUUUGAUGCAACGGCAAAAGCAAAAUGCGUUUGUUGAGGCGAUGUAAUGGAGUGAUGAUUAUUGGUUUGAUGAGUUAAAAGUUGAAGCUUGGUAAAUGCUAAGCUUGUUUCUCUGCUCGGAUCUAUUGUUGUUGUGAAAUAUCGAGCUUUUUCUUGCUGCGUUUGAUCAUAUUGGUGAAGUUGUGAUUCUGUGAUGAUUUUGUCUCUGUUUCUUAGUUGACUGUGUAAAGAUGUUGGUGUGUUGGACGCGAUCUUGAAGUUAACGUAUACGUGCUAGUUU